UGGAUUGCAUUAACAGUAAAGAAAACAAGUCAGAUCCAGCGAAUCAAUGCGCUCUCUAGUGGCAAUAGAAAUCGUCCUUUCAUUGUGAAUAUUGUAGCCACAUUUAUAACACAGCGAUCGUCCUCCUUGUAUAUAGGCUCCAUGGGUUAGGUUGUCAAAACAUAACAAAUAAUUGCAUUGUAUAAUGAAUGUGGAAUAAAAGGUCACGUUUUAUAGAGAUAUUUAUUUUUUUUUUUAUUAUAAUUAAAGUGUUGAGUGAAUCAUGAAUUUGAUAAAAGAAAAUUCAGACGUUUACCAUCUUAUAACCGAACUAAGUAAACAAAUAUUUCAAAAACAGUGUCUGUCAUUAGAACAUCCAUAUCUGCAGAGUGUCAAUGAUAUCGUUAAAAUUAAAAAAUUAAGAAGUAAAGCUUUUGAAAUCCUAUUAAAUAAGAGCAAAAUAACGAAACAUGCCGAUGAAGAGGAGACGAAGAAAGAUCCUGUAAUAGAGAUAUACAAGUAUGCAUUUGUAUUAAAACUUAACAUGAGACGCGUAUCGGAAGGUGUAUUAUUAGAAAGCCUUGUGGAUGAUUUUAGCGUUAACGAUUUACAAAGAGAAAGCAUGGUGUAUUCGGUUUUGCAACUGCUUACCAAAUUACAAAAUUAUCAUAAUGAUCAAGAGCCUGAUUUAAACAUCUUUUACUACUCGAGUAGUAAUCCUGCUCUAUUGGAACCACUUCGGACGUUAGAGAAUGUAUCACAAUUUCCAAUAUAUCCUAUAGAAACAUUUAUACUAUCGAAUAAAUUGGAUGCCAUGUUAGAUAUUCAAAAAUGUUAUAUCAUCCAACAAACAACUGCUAAUUCCAUUAAUAGAUCAUGUUUAUAUAAUCAGAAUAUAUUAAAAUAUUCGAAUAAAGUAGAGUCUACUAGAAUUGACAUUGGUUGGUUUCCCAUACCAAAGUGUAUAACCGAUUCCUGCUCUAGAGAUACUAUUUCAUAUUUCUUACCACAGACAAUGACAGACAUGAAUUACAAUACAAACUAUAUGGGUAAGUGUGAAAAAGAAGCCAAAGUAGAAAGGGAUAUGCCUUGGUCGAAUAUGAAAUUUGUGAACAGAUAUAGUGAAAACCUUACUGAUACAUGGAGAUCGUCCAACGAAAGCCUUCAUAACGAAAUUGUAAAUGUUAAAGACUUCUACGACGAGAUAUGGGAUAACAUAGAUAUAAAAAAUACUUUCAUCCACAAUUAUCAUACAUGGGAAACUUUGGGAGAAUUAGAGUUUCCAAAGCAAUAUCAUUUUUUAACGGAUACUCCAAAUGCCAUGUCCCAUUUGACAAGAAUAAAGCAAAUUUGUACUUUGUUGUUACUUCCAAAAAGGGUUAUCAAUAAUAUAGAUUUUCCAGAAGAAAUCUCAACUAAAGAGUUUGUAAUGAAUAUUAAAUUAUUGCUAUUGGGUACAGAAACAAAAUCUUUUAAAUAUAAUAACAAGAUUGGGUUUUACAUGUGCCAAAAUAUUGUUAUUUAUGGUAUUGACAAUGAAACAUUGACCGAUAUUUGUCAAAGAUUUAUAUUCUGGGCUAAUUGUUUCAAAUACUUAACAAACUUGACUACACCAAAUUCACAUGACGGAAAGCUGCUGCAAGAAGGUCUUAUAUUCAAGGCAAUGUGUACGAGUAUCAAAGAAAUACUUCUUCAUUACAAAGCUGCUCUUUUGCGUAUUUUUGAACAUAUUAACGAACCUACAGGAUUACUGAAUGUUUUGAGUAAAGUCCAACCGGUUGGUCUCUUAUUGACAGAAGUAACUAAGCUCUGUCAAUGCAGUAAGGAAAAUGGAAAAAUGGGUGAAAAUAGCAAUAUUUUUGCUGUAGUUAACAAAAUGAUUACAAAAGUCACCCUUCCCCAAAUCGCCUUUGUUUUGUAUACCAUUUUAAAAUCCUGCUGUGAAGUUUAUUUCCGAUUUUUACAGAAAUGGCUAUUUGAAGGUAUAUGCCAUGACAUUUAUGGUGAAUUUAUGAUUAAAGAACAUUCACAGUUUCUACGUACCAAAGGCCCUAAAUUUUGGACCAAAAGUUUUACCGUACAUCACGAAUCGGUUCCAAGCUUUCUAAAUCGGUUAACAGAAUCUAUAUUACAAUGUGGCAAAGCAGUAAGACUUUUGAAAAUAUGUGAUCCUAAGAAUCCCGUGUGCAACGUUUUUAAUUCUUUCCAACCAGAAUUAAAAGUAUGCUUGAGCGUUACGAUGUUACGCGAACAGUUGAUCAAAUGUAAAGACUAUAAACGUAGAGGAGAAGAAGCUCUAGGUCGACCUAUAUCGCUUUCAGUGGCGAUUCAGGAUCAAAAAAAUGUUGAAAGAGAAAAAGCCAAAUUGGUCAUUAAUGCGCAACAGGAUACAUUACUGAGAAUAAAGAGAGAACAAGAAGAAUUUUUGAAGACAACGAUAGAAAACAAAAGAGAACUUUUGAAAGUAUUAAAGGAGCAAGCUAUUGAAGCUAAUUUAUAUAAAGCAAAAGAAAAGGAAGCUGAAAUGUUAACUGAUAGAUUACUUAUGGAACAAAAUAAUCAAAGAGAAGAAGAAUUAUACAACAGGAAUAGCUCCGAACGUGGUUAUCUACAAAAGUAUUACACCGAUCUUGACGCUACUAUUCAGAAGCAACAGGCGCGCAUGCAGUGGUGUAAUAAAAGAAUGAAAUAUUUUGAUAAAAGGGUAGCUGCGUUAAUGGAGGAAGAUAUAUGGAAAUGUACUCAUGUAUCAGAUAGACAAGUAUUGCAGAGUCUAGAAGACAAUCAAACCGAGGGAGAUAUAAUACCUGAGAGAAAUAUAUAUAAUCUUCAACACGUUUUAAAUAAUAUCGAGUCAAAUACAUUAUCCGACAAUAUAGCGCAAGAAGAUGAAAAUAGUAAUUUUGAAGAAGUAGAAAUUGUGGAGAUACAAGCAUUAAAGUCCCAUGGAGUUAUUUGCGCUGAUAAUAUCAAUAUUAUUAUUCGGUCUGACGAUGAAACAAGUAUGUUAGCAAAUAUUUCUGAUAAUAAGAACACAAAUAAAUCGUUUACGGUUAUCUCGGAUACACAGAGUAGGAAUUUAGAUAUUCGGUUAGAAAAUCCAACGAAUAUGAACAAUAUUUAUAAACGGAAUAAUGAGAGAAGUAGUUUGCAAGAAUUUUUACGAAGCGAAGUAGCCAAAGAAUUACGAUUGGAGAAUGAUGAUCUUACGAAUGAAGAAAUACAUAACGAUACAAAAAUUUUAAACAGACCUAAAAUUCUUGAAAUAAACAAAUUUGAUAACAUGACAGAAGCGCAGCGUAAUAAAAUGAAAAUGUUAAAACAUGAAUUUGGCGUAACGCCAAAUAACAAUCAAUCGAAUUUAUUUUUUAUGGAAAGAAGAACAAUUCAAGAUGAUUUUAUUAUUAGAGCCGACAGCCUUUCUCAAGAUAAUAAUAGAAAUUAUGCGUCAAGUGAUGUUACAAAUAAUACAGUUAACGAUCAAACAAAAUGCAUCAAUGCAAUGGAGAGUAUUAGACGAAAUAGUAGCGAAAUAGUCGGUAAAAUGAAUAAUCAUGAAGAUGUUGGAUUUUUUGGUCAAAUCAAUAAUAUGAACGAAAUUGCACAAAUUUCUUCCAUAACGGAUAAUUUAGUAUCAUCUGUAAAUAGUAUGAUGUCAAAUUUACCAACUUUUGAAGACGUUUCCCCUUUAGAUAUCAAUAGUUCGUCUUCGUCGUCAAACUCGAAAUUAAAUGGUGACGUCCCUUCCGUAUUUCCAGGAUAUUACAAUGUUAACAUUUCCACGCCUUUGGUUUCAAACGAUAAUGUUAAUUCUUCCGAUUUUACAUCAUUAACUAUAGCUGAUGUUGAAUUAAUAGAUAAUACAUCUCUACAGGUUUAUCUGGAAAAAUCAAUUAUUAUACCAUUGCAAAUACAAAGUCAUAUUGUUAACGAUGCUGUUAUUAAAUAUUUAUUAAAUGAGCAUAAUAUGCUUUUACAUUUGCAAAGCUUGAGAAGUUAUUUCUUUUUAUUAAAUGGAGAAUUUGCCAAAUGCCUAACUAAUUCUUUAUACGCUCGUCUAUACGAAAUAUCCGUACCAAUAGAACUCUUCAAUUCGGCCACUUUAACAAAUGUAUUGGAGCGAGCACUUAUUAGCUCUUUCAGCAGCAAUUACAUGAAUUCGGAAUUACUUAGUCUUUCGGCCAUUGAUAUGCCGAUGCAAUUACAUAUUUCUGAUCCUCAUGCCUUGGAUUGCUUGUGCCUUAGUUACAAAAUUUCAUGGCCUUUAAAUAUUAUCUUAGAUGACGCAGUGAUGUUACAGUAUAGCAAGGUGUUUAAAUUUUUAUUGAUGAUUGGUAGAGUACUUUGGGUAUUGCAAGAAGAUUUUCGUAUGAUGAAAGUUGAGCACGAAGCAUCCAUGUCGGAACAAUAUCACAAGCUUCAACUGUACAGGCAUUCGAUGACACAAUUUGUCAGUGCGCUUCAUAAUUAUAUAACUUGUAGUGUAUUACAUGCAAGUUGGAUCGAAUUUGAGAAAGAUUUGUGUAAUUCUUUGACUCUGGAUCAAGUUAGAUUUUCACAUGUAAAUUAUAUCAAAAGAAUCUUAUCAAGGUGUAUUCUUAAUACUCGUGGAGAAAAAAUGCGAACAUGUUUGGGUAAUAUUUGUAAAGUUAUAUUAAAAUUUCAUAAUCGAUUAAGAUCUGAAAACUGGAUUUUUAAUUCAGAAGGUUACACCCAUCCUAAUUUUAACAAAUUAGAACAAAUGUAUGAGGUUUUCUGUGAAUUACGUACGUAUCUAUCUCGUAUAGCUCAUAAAUUAACUACCAGUGGAUAUCAGCCCCAUUUAAUACAUUUUCUUAAUAUUUUAAAUAUAAAUUACAUGUACGAUUUAACAGAGAAAUCAUCCUAGUUUUAGAAUGUCAACAAAUCAUUUCAAUUAAAUAAAUACAAUUAUUCUGAUCUUUGGAUAUCGUUUACAAAGAUAUCAAAUAAUCGCACUUAUAUACUUAUUUCAUACUUUUUUUUCUUAUAAUAUUUUAUUUACGUAUCUAUGUACAUAAACAUGUUUUGUAGAAAAUAACGCUAUCAUAAAUAGCGAUUGUUCCACCUAGUAAUUUAUUUACUUAAUCUCUGUAAAGAUACCUUUAAAUAUAUUUAUUGUUAUUAAACUAUUGUACUUUAUAAGAGAAUAAGAUUAUUCAAGUAAAUGCCGUUGCU